CUCUGUUUAUAAUAUAUAUAAAUAACAUAUUGCAGAGACCCGUACGGUCGUACGAAGCCACCCCAGAUUCAAUUCGUCCUUUCAAAACCGAAAAAAAAUCCAUUCGCUCCUCAAUCUUUAACCUUUCUUCGUCUCUCUUCGUUUCGUCGUCUUUUAAACCCCAAUCGGAAACAACCAUGACCAAGAUCGAUGCCCUCCGUCGAUUCCUCCUCCCUUGCUUCACCUUACCCUCCACCACCACUCCAACCAACAUUACCACCACCAAGAAACGCAUAAGCACCUCGCUUCGAGACGACAUCGAAGACCCCAAAAACCAAGAAGACGACUCCACCUCCACCGACAAUAGCACCACCACCGCCCACCCUCUCGCACCACCGCGACCCUCCAAGACAAUGGUCAUCGGCACCAUCUUCGGCCACCGUCACGGCCACGUCUGGUUCUGCGUCCAACACGACCGCCUCAACACCAAACCCUCCCUCCUCCUCGAACUCUCCGUCCCGACCCACCUCCUGGUCAAGGAAAUGCGUUGCGGGCUAGUCCGAAUCGCACUCGAGUGCCAACACCCGUCCGACUCAGAACUCAGUUCCUGCCCUCUCCACUCCGUCCCCAUCUGGACCUUGACCUGUAACGGUCGCAAACUCGGGUUCGCGGUUCGGAGAAAAGCCACGGAGCAGAACCGCCUCAUGCUGAAGGCGAUGCAGUCCGUUACGGUCGGGGCGGGCGUUAUCCCGGCAGGAUACGGAUCCGGGUCGUUUAAGAGUGACGGUGAUGAGCUCAUGUACAUGAGGGCUAAUUACGAGUGUGUGGUGGGGAGUGCUGACUCGGAGUCGUUUCACCUGAUCAACCCGGACGAGUGCUCAGGUCAAGAACUCUGUUUUUUCUUGCUGAGGUCAAGGUAAUGGAAUUGGGGGCAUUUUCGGUAAGAGAGACUCUUUAUUGGGUCUGCAGUGAUCUUUUACUGAGGAUUGAAGAAGAAUUUAUUGGGUACUGUGUUAGAAUCAGAAAAUUAGGGUUUUCUGUUUCAAUGAUUUUCUUUUCCAAGGCUUGAAAACUGGGGUUUUCUUGCUGUACAGAUUUUCUUUUUUCCUGGAUUUUUUGGGUUUGUUGGAAGGGCAAUCCUGGAAAAGAAAUCAUUUUAAUUUAAUUUUGGUUUAGGGGUUUGGCAUUCUUAUGAAAUUGUGCAGAGGGAUGAGUUUAAAUUGACAAUUUAAUGAAAACUUUAUUCAAUA